AUGUUAGCGAUUUUCGUUUUGAUUAUGAUGUCGACGCUGGUUACGGCGAAAGAUGCAGCUGCAAUUGAUUUUGUAAUUAACUUUAUUGGAAAUGAAAACAAACCGAGUGACCUGGUCUAUGGAGGGCUUUGUUGGGGCAAACAUGCCGAAUUGAAUUUCGUGAAAGCAGCCAAAGAUAAAGGAGUAAGAGCUUCGGGAUCUUUGAACACGAGAGUAGCGUAUCACGAACAAGAUAUUAUUUUCCUCGCCGACUUAGACUGCAACGGAUCUCAUGAAUUCCUAUAUAAUGCCUCUUCAAAGCAUCUCUUUCGUUUUCCAUACCGUUGGUUGGUACUUCUGAGUUCAACUAAUGAGGCGAAGUUGAUGUAUCUCUGGAGAAUUCCGCUGUUGAUAACCAGCGAUUUAGUGCUGGCGCGAAGAUAUGGAGACUUCUUUGAACUUGUAGAACUACACAAACCAGCUCCAAGUGGUUCCAUGAUAACCACACCGCGUGGUUUCUUUAAUGGUUCGCUAAUAGACAUACGCCCUCAGAAAGAGCUCUAUAGGAGACGCAGAAACCUAAUGGGCCAUCAUCUGACUAUGGCUAAUAUCAUACAAGACAGUAACACCACGAAAUACUAUUUACCGAGGGAUGAUAGACUGCAGUUACACCACGACGCAGUUGCUAAAGUCUGCUGGGUUUUUGCGAAAGUGGCCUUCGAGCUACUAAAUGCGACACCUCGGUACACAUUCAGCUACAGAUUUGGAUAUAAAGUGAACGGUCAGUGGUCCGGAAUGGUACGGGACAUAGGCGAUAAUAAGGCUGAUUUGGGUAAGCGCUACAAGCUGUAG